AAUUUCAGCUCAUUUUGAUUUUGACUAUAUUGGCGAUUCCAGUCGCAAAACAAACGGGACCCUAAAUCUAAUUUGCCCCUUCACAGAAUCACAGCUUCACUUCAGACUUCAGUCGUUUGCAGCCCUACCACUGCCAGCAGGCAGUCGCCUCUCUGCUCCGCCCCUCUGCAACUGCUACUCUACAAACUGCUUGGACUUCUCACUUCGCCUCUCUCCGUCUUCGUCAUCCAUAUCCGGUAGGAGCCCAGAGGCAGCGCAGGCGCAGGCGCAGGCGCAGGCGCACAGCCUCUCUGCCACGCGAUAGAGUUCAUUUGUUAAUGCUUAAUUAGAAAGCAUGGGUGGGAAAUCUCGCCUAGAGAGGCGAAAAGAGAAACGAUUAGCAACGAAGAAACAAAAAUUUCUAUCUUGGAGCCAACAUCAGAAAUCAUGGAAAUCAAAGGGAAAUUCAACUGGUCCAGCAUUAGAAAAUUUGAAGAAAUCAAAAAAUUCAAUAAAUGAAAUUUCAAAAGGAGGUGUUCUGUGGAGUGAUGGUGAUCCUGAGGUUGAUCAUGAUGGAAUGGAAUCUACCAAUCUGAAAAUACCUAAGGUUGAAUUAGGUUCCUUGAGACAUCCUAAUUCUGUUAUGUGGAAGAUUGAUAAAAGACGGAAGUGCUUGAAGGGUAAUAUGAAAACAAAAUUUGAAGAGUUUCUUGAUAUGGGAAUGCAAAAAGGUGCUGUUUCUGUAGAGGAGGAUCUAAAAUUGGAAACGAAACUUUCAAAGAAGCUAAAGGUCAAGGAGGGAAAAUUACGAGGAGUGGAUGAUGGUCUCAAUUUAUUGUUUGAAGGAAUGCCAUCUGUUCUUGAUUCUCUAGAGGAAGACGCCCAAACAGCUGCUGGGGAAAGCUUUGGGAACAAAAGUAUUAGUGAUAAAUAUAAGAAGCGGAAGUCAUCACAGCAAGGACUAGGUAAUGAGGUGAAACCCAAGAAGAAGAUGCACAGACGAGAAGUUGAUGUGAGUGGUAAUAAGGGAGAGCUGUCAGAGCAGGAACUGGGUGUGGAAGCAGCAAUUGGAGUAUCUAAUCCUAUGGAAGCCUGUCACGUGGAGGGGGCAUUGGAAAAUGUUCUUGACGAGGUUACUGUAUUGGAGAAAAAUGCCAAAUAUGUAGCUCCUCACAUGAGAUCUCGUGAAGGAGAUGAUUUAGGCCAUUCACAAAUUCGUAGACGGGUACGAGGUCUUUUGAAUAAGCUGUCCGAAUCUAAUGUGGAAUCAAUUACACAGGAAAUGUCCACUAUCUUUCAUUCUGUUAGUCGCAUUGCUGGUUCUCAGAUUAUCAGCAAGGAGGUUUUGGCAUCAUGUUCUGGAGGUCCUCGCGGCAAUGAACAGUAUGCUGCUGUUUUUGCAGCUUUUGUUGCUGGUAUGGCUUGUUUAGUUGGGAUCGACUUCAGUGCUAAUCUUGUUGCUUCCCUUGCCAAAUCCUUUGAGGACGAGUACCUGGAGGAAGACAAUCUUUCCUUGCGAAAUCUGACACUUCUGCUUGCCUAUUUAUGCAUAUAUGGAGUUUGCUCAAGUGAUUUGAUAUAUGACUUUCUGAACAUGCUGAGCAAGCGGUUGAGUGAGGCUGACGUCGCUACUAUCUUGACAAUUCUUCAAUGUUGUGGGGUGAAACUCAGGGGUGAUGAUCCUACUGCCAUGAAAAACUUUGUUUUUAGUGUUCAGAAUAUGGUGAAUGGGUUGAAGUUGUCUGGUCAUGGCCAGGAAAAAAUAAAUAACAAAAGAAUGGAGUUCAUGCUUGAAACAAUUUGUGACAUCAAGAACAACAAAAAAAGGCCCAAGGAGGAUCCUGCACAACACACACGGAUAAAGAAAUGGCUUCAUAAGUUAAGGGUUGAAGAUAUAUCAAUUCGAGGGGUCAAGUGGAGCAAGCUGCUUGAUCCUAACAAAAAGGGCCAAUGGUGGUUGUCUGGGGAUUUGACUUCUGCAAGAGACACUGUUCAGGAGGUUGCUAGCACAAUAGACAAGGAGGCUCUUGAAGCCCAGAAAAUGCUGCAGCUCGCUGCUUCUCAAAGGAUGAACACAGAUUCCAGAAGGGCAAUAUUUUGCAUAAUUAUGAGCGGAGAGGACUACAUUGAUGCGUUUGAGAAACUGCUAAGGUUGGAUUUGCCUGGGAAGCAGGAUAGGGAGAUAAUACGAGUUCUUGUGGAGUGCAGUUUACAGGAAAAAAUGUUUAAUAAGUAUUACACUGUGCUGGCUUCGAAGUUAUGUGACCAUGAUAAAAACCACAAGUUUACUUUGCAGUAUUGCCUUUGGGAUCAUUUCAAAGAACUGGAGUCGAUGCCUCUAAUUAGAUUGAUGCACCUAUCAAGAUUUGUUGCAGAGAUGCUCUCCUCCUUCACCCUGUCCCUUUCUGUCCUGAAGACUGUUGAACUGAGUGACACUGGGUUGCUUACCCCGAAGAGGAUCAUGCAUUUCCGUUUGCUCUUUGAAGCCCUUUUUGAGUAUCCGGAGAAGCUUGUCUGGAACAUAUUCACGCGUGUAGCUGUAAUUCCCGAGCUCGAAGAUUUUAGAAGUGGCUUAGAGUUUUUCAUCAAUCGGUAUGUCGUGGGCACCAACAAAGCCAUCACUGAAAAAUUCAGAGUUGCGAAAAAGGCACUCAAUAAUGUGGAAGGAGUCCUCAUGUGAGGUUUGUAGCUGCAUUCUUGUUGCUGUUCUGCAGGAAGGCGGGCCAAAAUUUUGUAGUUAGUAUCCUUUAGUCGGGGAUUCAACUCAUUCAAUGUCAAGAUUCAUGCUGUACUGUUGGUUUUGCUCAUCUACUUGAAGGAUGAGGGGGCCAUGGUUGCUGUUAAUUGAUGGAUCCUCAAAUCAUCAUGCAUCUUUCUUUGAUUUGUGUAAGAAAAAAAUUUCAAUUUAAUACAUGAUUUUAAUUCUGUGGAUGUUUUAUUAAUUUAAAGUACUUAUAUGUUUA